UGAGGCUGUUUUUAUUUGUUAUGUGGACAGUUUGUUCUGCUGUCACCGUGUAUCUGUGUCAAACUGAGCAGGAACUGGAUAAACAAGUUCGCCCCAUCUAAGAAGAAAAGAAAAGUUUGUGACGUCUGAUCGUUUUAAAUAGUUUUAAGUCUGAAAACUGUGACAGUUUGAGAGAGCACAUAUUUAAGGUGGCACAUUCACAUCAGCAUCUACAAGGUGUGCACCUGUUGCUGAUGUUGCCUUAAAGUCGUCAGUCUUCUCUGACUGACCCAAACACGACACAACCGACAGCCAGAGAUGGAGAGUGGAGCUCUGGGAGUGGAAACUAGCACUGCUGCAGAUCCCAGAGUGCAUUCAGACUCCAACGUAGCCUGUCUGCGGCGCCGGGCCUGGGCUCAGAGCAGGGACUCCAUCUGGCAGGAAUCAGGACCGGAGACAUGUGGCCCCCAGGAGCCACAACAGAACCAGAAGAACUCAGAGACACAGAGACCAUCAGAUGAACCAGGGCAAGUUCCCAACAACAUAGCCAGCUGGCUGAUUGAAUGCAGGACUCCCCUCGGUGCCUCUUUAGACGAUCAGAGUGCUUCUCCCAGCAGAGGGGCGCCGAGGAACGGCUGCAGCUUCGAAGAUGACCUUUCACUGGGAGCUGAAGCUAACCAUCUUCAGUCCAGUAACAAUAAAACUGAAUCCUGUUUUGGUCUUGUGGCGGAUCAAAAGAGGACUCAGUUUAAAGAGAGAGGAAGAAGUAUGAACUCCACAGGAUCAGGGAAGAGCAGCACUGUGUCCAGCGUGUCAGAGCUGCUGGACAUGUAUGAGGAGGACCCAGAGGAAAUCCUCUUAAACCUUGGUUUUGGUCGAGAAGAACCUGAUCUAGGCGCCAAGGUUCCUGCAAGGUUUUUCAACAGCUCCUCCACAGCUCGAGGCAUCGACAUCAAGGUCUACCUGGGAGCUCAGCUGCAGCGGAUGGAGCAAGAGAACCCCAACUAUGCUCUGACUAGCCGUUUCCGUCAGAUCGAGGUCCUGACUACAGUUGCCAACGAGUUCUUCCAGCUCUACAGUCAGGUUUCUGGUCAGCCCGUCCAGCGCAUCAGCUCCAGGGACCAAGGAGGAGAAGGGGAAGAAGGAGGCAGAGAUGAAUCCACUCCACCCCCUCUGAAGAAGACCAACUCGGCUCGUAACAUGGCCAAACUCCUCAAGAAAACCAUCACCAGACACAACCUGCACGCUGCCUCCUCAGAGUCGCCUCAAGCACCCGCACCUGACCAGCAAACAUUGCAGAAUGGACACGCAGUGACCAAUCACACACACAUCAAUGGCCACGCUCACACCGGUCCAGAACAGGACGGCUCCAGUACCGACCUAGACCACUUGGUGGACACAGUUAGUCCGAAACACAACCGCUGUUCUCUGGCAACUGUCACUGAGGAAACAAGUGGAGAUGGAGAUGAAAGUCCUGAACAGAGCACCGGUGGACCAGCAGCCGAUGGAGAGAACCAGCCAGAGAAGGACGAGAAUCUGACGUCAACCCCAGAAAAGGCUCCUCCGUCCCUGGCACCGCCUCAGCUGGCUCAGCUACGCAAUGAAAACGCAGACUCCUUCGACAUGGAAGAGAUUCAGAGUAAUGAGGAUGAAGCUGUGCCAUCCAGGUCUUCUAGAGGCAGCGACCUGUUGAGGACGGUCAGUCAGCAGUCAGACAGCAGCGGGUUUGCAGAGGAGCCCUCAGCCGACUCCAACAGUUACCUUAAGGUGCAGGAGAGCAGUGACAGCUGUGACAGUGAGACCACAGUGACAUCACACCCCUCACAAGAUGUGGCCACGCCCCUUGCACUUGACCACCCCAUCUUCAUUCUGCCAGAUGGGAAAGAGGAAGAGGCUGGUGGUGCAGCUGAGACUGAUGGGAAGAGUAGUUCCAGGGAAGAAGAUGAGCAUAAUGGGAGUUUAGAACAAAUUCCCCAGUACUCGGCUCAUCAGCUCCCCAGGAGGAGUCUAUCAGCAGCACCGCAGGAAGAGAGCCAUGAGGAGGAGCAAGUCCAGGAUGGAAACCAGGCUGAUUCGGAAUCUGGACUAGAACCGGAAAGGGUGCCUACUGCAGAACAAGAUCCACAACCAGAAGUAGAACAUGGCCAGAGUCAGCCUGCCCCAGAGCCAGAACACAGUCCAAACCAGACAGGAACAACCACAGAUACAGGACAACCCACAGAGGAAGCAGGCAGUGAGUCCCAAGAAGAGCAGGUUUUCUUGGAGGAUUCUGAUUUCGUGUUCCCUCCUCCUCCACCCUCUCCAGUUCUCAGUGCCCUAAACCGAGCCAAACAGCAUCGAUUUAGCCAGACAGGGCAGGGUGCAAACCCCAACCCCAGUGAUUCAGCUGAAUCUUCUGGAAGAGGACGAGGGCGAGGGCGGGGAAGAGGCUUCCCUCUUCAGAGGUCCUCCUCCCUGCCCUCUUCACUCCUCUCACCCUCCAGAAUAGUGUCUUCGAUCAGGAUUCAGUUCGGUCGAGGCCAGGCGUCCUGCACCCAACCAAGGUACUCCUUCAAAUACACCCAAGAGGACAGAGACGACAAGGAAGAUGAGGUGGGAGAAGAAGUAGAAAAAGGACAAUCAAACUGUUUGUCUACUCUGAUUAUAAACCCUUCCUCAUCGUCUGACUCUAAAAAACAACAAACAAGACUUCACCCAGAAACUCCCAUCCCACCCAAACCCAUCCCACGCUACUUGAUGAGGUCGUCCUUCUCCCUACAGAGCUCCAGCCCUCCCCCUGAUUGGUCACCAGGUAGACACAACCAAUCCUGGAGCACCCAAAGCAAUCCUGAUCUCUCCUCCAGCCAGCAGCAGCCCAGCCAAUUCCAGCAAAAUUUGAGCUCCCAUCAAAACCAGCAAAGUUGGACGCCAGGGCAGAUGGUGUACCCUAAUCCUAAUCCCAGUCCACCUGCACAGUACUUAAACCCAAGCCCGAACCCUAGUCCCAGCCUUAACCCUAACCCAUAUCCCUUCACUCUUAACCCUCCUCCACUGCACCCCACACAUCUACAUCCAUAUGGCAGCCUUCCUAAUCUCCUUCCCCAGCCCAACCCGUCUAUGCUCCAUCAUUCCAGCCUUACCAGCCUCCAUCAUCCUUCAACACCAUCAUUCCCCCAGCAUGCCAGCCUUUCCAAUUUACAUCAUCCGGCAACUUCCACAACUCCGCAUCCUGCGAGCAUGGGCAACCUGCAUCCAACAGUAAUGCCCCACCAGGUCUACAAUCAUCCCUACUCUCAUCUCUCACCAUACCAUUCAACACAUGGCUCACCUUAUGCCUCAACCUACCUCGGUUACCAUGGGUACAACAUGACCCCACACCUGGGAUUCCCUCAUCCCAUGCCCCCUUGUCCACCAUUAGGUCCAGAACACAGCUUCCACCAAGGGUUAGCUCCUCCACCUCCAGGCCUCUUUCCGAGCCUUGGUUCAAACCUUGGCUCAGGUCAUAGCCUCUACCCUGGGCUCACUCCUCCUGCUCCGUCCAGCACUGAGGUGCAGCUGAGGAGAGUUCUUCACGAUAUCAGAGGAACAGUCCAGAGUCUGGGCCAGAACCGAGCCGACACUCCAGAUGCGUUUAUUGUACACAGAGCAGCUCCAUCAAACAACCAGUCUUUGGCCGAGUUGCAGCAGAAGAGGCGAAGUCUUAACUUGUUCCGCAGUCAGAUGAUGGACUUGGAGCUGUCAAUCAUACGACAGCAGGCUCUGGUGUACAAUCACCUGAGCCCUGCUGAUAGGCUAGAGUUGGAGCAGCUUCAAUCACUGAGGUCAGCUGUCAGAGAGGAGCUACAGGAGCUGGAGCAACAGCUGGAAGACAGACUGCUUGAGUUGACACAACAUGGGGGUCUCCGUAGAGACACCAGUGUGGACAGUCUGUCCACGGCUUCUGCACUGAGAGCAAUGGAGCCGGUGUCAGACCUCCUCAGAGAGCAGCUCUACCUCCGAUCAGAGCUCAGCUAUGACGGCCACACCCCCUCCACACAUCCCUCCUCCAGAUCAUCCAGUCCUGUACAAGGAGGUGGAGGAGAUCAGGAGCAGUCCCAAGGCGUGUACAAAGCAUCAAUUAACAUAACCCCAGCCCCCCCUCCCCGACCAAACACACUCACUGAGGAAGAAGAGGAUGAGGAGCAAGAGGGAAAUGGGAGGGGAGGAGGAGGGGGAGAGGCUCCAGAGGAGGAGGGAGCUGUGGGAGGACUCAGAGUGGAGAAUCUGGAGCAGCUCAUCAAAGAGAUCCGGGAGAGCGUGGCAAAGGAGGUCAGACGGGAGAUAUACAGUGAGCUGCUGGCCACUGUGGCGCCACAGAGAUCGCCUCUGCCUGCCAAGCAACAACAAUCAUAGUCAUGGCGACAUCUAAGCACCGCCCCUUUCACCUUCAGCCUUAGUAACCACAGCCUGAGCAGCAACACUGUCUGUGUGCAACACUGUAUAGCAGAGCAACACUGUCUGUGUGGAACACUAUGUGUCUGUAACACUGUAUGUCUGUAACACUGAUGAUGGAACGAACACGCCACCUACUAAACCCCGCCCACCACACCUGCUGCAGAUGUGACGCAGACAGGGAUGAGGACUGGACUUUGUCACAGCACGGUGGUGUGAUGCAUGCUGGGAAGGUUGUCAAAGCAGAACCACUAGCAAUGAUGUGUUUUCUUUUUCUUAUGUUUUGUUUCUGUUUUUUUUUUUUUUCAAACUGUUGAUCAAAGCAAAGCCUUAAACAACAACCACUUCUGCUAAUACUUCCAGUACUUUAUCUAGUGCUGCUAACAGCACUCUGUUAGGAUCACCACUACUAGCUCAUGUCCUGUGGAUGUCUUCUUUAACCAUUUCUUUACAUCUGAUCCCUAUCUGAGAUCACAUCAGCAUAUUGGAUAAAGUCAUUAUGAUAAUAAUAAUAAUAUUAAUAAUAAUAUAUUAUCAGCAGUUUGUAAAUAUCAAAAUCUCUGUCUGUGAGGAUUCUGGCUUCACAUCAAUACAAAGAGUAAGGUUAUUCUACAUUCAAAAACUAAAUAUGAAACCUAGAUGGUAUUUCUUCUAAACACAGAACUUUGACAGUUUUUAGCUUCUUUUGAAAUCUAUAGCAGUAAUAAUUUCAACCAAAUUGCUCAAAUUGUUGCAAGAAUGGAACAGAAAACAAAGAAUUACAGUUGCAAAAGGUAAAAAUAGAUUUUUAGGGCUAUUAUUUAACAAAUGAAGAUAAUUAAUAAUGACAAAAUAGGAUUUAAUGUCAUGAAAACAAAUUUUCUUUUCUCUUUGUUUUCUUUUAUUCAUUUAAGGACAGAAAUCUCACAGACAGAUUUUCAAAACUGUUUGUAUAAAGAUAUACCACUAGGGGAAAGUGUCAUAUUGCUGCAGGGAGAAUUGAACAUAUUAUCAAAGCAGCACAAAUGGGAUGAAUAGCAUAAUGUAAAUGCCUAAAAUGUCUUUGAAUCUGUGCUCUAAUGCCUUUUAUUAAGAUGUUACAGUCUUUAUUCUGCAAUAAGAGUUUACUGAGGAGCCAAAUGAGCCUUCACCUCUUAGGCCCUGUUUAUACCCUGCAUUAACACAACUCAAUAUUACAACAGAUAUUAAAGUGGUAAUACCUAAUGCUAGGUGUGAACGCUACUUGAUGCACACUGAAGACAAACUGAUAUCUGAUAGCUCAGACUACAUGUCGAGGUUGUCUGGGAUGCCUUAAUCCAGAUUGAUGUAGUAGUGUAGACUGUGUGUACUGCCCUAAUAACUGACAUUAUCUGUAGUUGUCUGCCAUAGUUUCUUUGCAGGUGACAUCAAGCAGCAGCUGAGAAUUCCCAAUGGCUGGCAAGUUUGAGAUGUGAUUUCUGCAUACAGAAAAGCUACCAAAAAGGCAAUGUCUGAACUGUUUACAAAUUCUAAGCAUUCAAAGUGCCAAAAAAACAGUCUUAAGUCUUAAGCUACUUUUGUGUCCUGGAAGUAAUGAGAUAUUCAUGCCCAUAGUUACUCAGCUAAUGUCCAUCUCACUAACGUCCGGCCUCGCUCGUUGUGACGGGAAUUGCAUCUCUUUUGAGAGAUCUGGAUCAUUAGGCUCAUCUCAGAAGAGCAAGAUGUUUGGCUACCAACGGCUUCACAUUUAGUAACAGUUUCGUUUUUUAAGUGUAGAUUAAAUAACAACAGAGGAUGGAGGAAAGGAAACUGGCACUCAAACUGGAGCUAGCUACCAUGGCUCAUGUAAAAGAUUUGUUUUGUUAAAGAGGCUCGUACGCAAAUGGCCCAUAAUUACUUGGUCACUUAUCUCAAAAAAGGUUUAUUUGGUUGAUAGUGUGUCACUGUUUCACUUAAGAGCAUGUUUUGUGACAAAGUUAGAAAUAAUUUAUGUGUUAAAGUAGCUCAGCCAGCCUCUUAGCUCAGUACAAGACUCCUCUAGACACGUCUCCCUUCAUCUGGCUAGAUGAUCCUAGAUGCUAGAAGGUAUUUGCAAAAUUGUUCGCCAGGUAAAUCGGUUAAGCUGUUUGUAAAGUGUAGGGAUCGUCCUCAAUGUAUUUAGAGGUCUGUUUAGAACUGUCAAGUACUAAAUUCCCUGCAUUCCCUUUUAGUCCUACACCUGGUUCCCACUUCCUGCCCUCAUCAGGCAUUGAGGAUCACAUGAUUUAUUCACUGAAGUAUUGUUAAUGUAGGGAAUGGCUACACAUACUGAAUGCAGUCAGCUUGGUAUCUGAAUGCCCAAAACAGGUGUUAAUGCAAGGUAUAAAUGACACCAUAAAAUUGUCCAUUCCAUGCACAUUUCACCUUAUUGUAAAACUUUAAACAUGCUUUUAGGUGUGGUAAAAAGGGAAUCUUAUACUCGAGCUGUCAACAUUCAUUCGUUGUCAUUGACAUCAUCAUCAUUGUCAUUGUGUUUCUGUUGCUCUCAUUUCAUUUAGAUUUGAGUCCCUCCCUCUCUUGAGGAAAAUUUUAGUAUCUGUGAAGUUGCUUUGUGAGCUUAGCUUUAGCUAUGUUUGCUACAUACCUUGGUUAACUACAUAAAUAACAUAGAAAUAGCUUACGUAGCUGCUUUGUGAGCUUACCUUAAGCUAUGUCAGCUACAUAGUUCCAUUAUCUAUGACUAAGUUAGCUGUAGCAACAUAAGCUAUAGCAAAUGUAGCUGAAGCCUACUUAGCUAUAUGGAUAUACAAAAAUCUUAAAUUGCUGCUUUGUGAGAUAAGCUUUUGCUACGUUAGCUACAUAGUUCCAUUAUCUAUAGCUAAGUUAGCUUUAACAACAUGAGCUUUAGCAAUCAUUGCUAAAGCUGAUGUAGCUAUGUAGCUGACAUUGCUGCUUCUUUAGCUUAGCUUUAGCAACAAUGGUUACGUAGCACCAUUAUCAACACCUAAGUUAGCCUAGCAACCCAAGCUUUAGCAGAUGUAGCUAAAGCUUACUGACCCAAGUAGAUAUCAUAGAUAUGUAGCUUACAUAGUUGCGCUGUGAGCUUAGCAUUAGCUACAUAAACUACAUAGCUCUGUAAUCUACAGCUAAGUUAGCUUUAGCAACAUGAGUGUAAGCAAACGUAGUUAAAGGCUACUUAGACAUGUUGAAAGUGGCUUAUAUAGCAGCUUUCUGUGCUUAGCUUAGUUUUUUCUACGUAAGCUACAUGGCUCCAUUUUCUACAGCUAAGUUAGCUUUAGCAGUAAAUAUUCAAGCAAAAAUAGUUAAAGCUAACUUAGACACAUAGAUACGUGGAUUAUAUAGGAGCUUUGUGAGCUUAGCUCUAGCUACGUUAGCGACAUAGCUCUGUUAGCAGGUCAAGUUUUAUGACUUUUGGUAUCUUUAGAUUUUGAAACUUUUAGUGCGUAUUUCCCUUCUGAGAUGUAUCCCAUCUCAGAUGAAUGGUCUGUAAAAGUGGCAGUCAGAGAUGAGCCGUCUGCAGCCGGACUGUUCUGUCCGCAUCCAGUCUUUGUGCUACGAUAAGCUAAAUGCAUCCUGAAUUUAAAUGAUUUUACAAAAUGUUCCUUUAACACUCUUAGUGUUUGUCCUGGUUGUCACUGAGCAUGUAGAGGUUAAGGUGUGAUAUUAUGAGGUACUGCGGAUGUCAGAUUUAGAAACCAAUGGUUAAACAGUAAGUUGUAAUGACGACGGUGAUGAUAAUGUUGAUGAUGAUGUUGUGAAUGGUUGAACGAAGAAGCUUAGGUAUUGUAAGGGUUAGCAGGCAGUGAGGCUAAAAUGUUAGCUUACACUGUCUGUGUGCAAUAAUUUGAGAGUUUAUGCUGAUUACUGGGACUAUUAACAAAUUAACCACUUCUUACAUUUCACAAACAUCUUCCUGUUUAUCUGGUAGAUAUUACAUUCAAGCUUGCAUGUUUUAAUGGGAGGAAUACACAUAGACACAAAAUCAGCAAAAUCAAUAACUGAUCUGUAGAUUGGAAUUUACAAAUUCUUGCUCAUCUCUUUUUGGGGGAGGGGAGAUUAAGUGUUAAGAUGUCUGUCUUGUCCCUUUUAAGUUUCCAAGCAUACGCUUAAUUAAAAACAACGACCAAAAAAAG